AUGGGAAACUCAAUAAGUCACAUCUCUGGCCAGAAAUCCGGUUUACGUGAGUCCCAGGACUCCUUGUCGACGACCGCCUCCUUUGGCACGAACAUCGACACUCUAACAAAGGCACCCCUGAAGCGUAAAUUCGAAUUUGAUGACGAUUCAGUAUCCCCGCGAAAGCGACGCCUCCUGGAAUGUUAUUCCAUGGGCGACAUAAGUCACGUUGUUGCUAUGCCCAGAACAAUAAAUCGUCGCAACACUGACUUUACAAACCCGUCGGCCAAGCGCUUGUACAGGGAGGCGUCUGAUAUUUUCUUGAAGCGUAAAGCGGAUACUGUACUAGAUCCCUUUUCAAUUCAACGCGUCAACCUUUAUGAGCCUUGUACCACUCAGGCGUUUAUAUGGUCCCUACCUGCGGAAAUGCUCACGGCUAUCGUCGCUCUUCUAGGAGCGCAAGAUCUGCGCUGUGUUACCCAAGUUUGUUCUCUGUUGAGAGAAAUUGCUGGUCCCCUCUUCUUCGUCAACCGAAGCUUCCCAACUUCACCGCAGGACAUGUUUCACAUUCAAGUAGACUCGUACAAUUUUGACGUUUUGCUUACUUGGAUACGUAUGGAUACCUUUCGUCCUCCGCGUAUGAUGUUGUGUUGGUUGGAUCCUGAUGUGCGGUCCACGCAGCUCUCUGCAUUUUCGCACUUUCUCCAGUCCGUCCCCCACAAAUCGAUACGAUACAUAACACUUUUCUGGAAUUUUGACAUUCUUACUUGCUUAGUUCUCCCUCAGAUUAUCACAGUCUUCGAGAACAUCCGUGCCUCUGGCUGCGAAGAUCUGACGUGCAUGGGAUUCUGCAGUCGCGUUGGCUCAUCGUCCGUCACUGGACUCACCCGAAUUCAGGGGCGUGUAAACGGGAAUCUCCUCAAAACCUUUGAUGCAUCAUCACAGGCGUUUUUUUCCCCAAAACUCCUUCCUUUCACAAUCCAGACCAUCCGCUCUUCCCGUUUGGAAAAGCUUCGACUCAGUUCCAUCAAACUCAGUUCUGCACACUGGGACAGACUCCUGCGGCACUUGGCCGUCCCAACGCUAGUCGAACUCCGAGUCGAUGCUGAUUGCGCGCCGUCCACGCUCAUUCGUUUUCUGGCCCGUCACCCUGGCGUUAAUAACCUUAGUGUCAUUCCGCAACCCGGCACCCAAUCAGCGGUUCACGUCAGACACUUGGCGAUCCGCUCCUCGACCGCUGCAGGAGAUGCACUGGCGUUAUCUGCUUCGUGGAUUGAAGCCUUUCCUCUAGUCAAACGUGUCAGUAUGCAGGGCUGCUCCAAUCUCACUGCUGAGGAUCUUAUUCACAUCAUGCGCAAAAUUGCUGAUGAUGAUGUCGAACUGUCUGUGAAUCUGCGUCCCGAAGAUUCAUUCAUUGGUGCUUCCAACACCAACCGAACACGGAUCAAAGUAUUGGUGCUUCCAACACCAACCGAACACGGAACAAUCUUUGUCGAGUACAACAGCCGAUUGACUAUGCCUUUGACAAUACUUAAAUAUUUGCCUGCGCAUCUCAUAAGCCGAAUAUUCCUCUGCAAAUGUACCCGAUGCUGCGAGGUUGGAGGAGACGGAAUGCCUAGGAAUCCUGGCGGCAAAGAACUACCCUUCACUAUGAAGCAUGUACAUUCGCUGCAAGCCGCCAGCAUUGCUUCCUCACCCCGUGAAGCUUCUGUGCUUCAUCUUGCUCGUCAGGCCUUAUUCGAGCCCAGCGAUUUGCAUCAUAUCACAGAUCGUCAAGCGUCGUCCUCCCAACAUUUGGUCCACCCAACGCAUGAACCUACAACGUCGACGCCGGUGGACGAUCUCGCCGCCGAAUUAUUCGCAAUCACCCUGAGCGACGACAAGGCUGAUCCAGAUAGUCAUAGUAAACUCUGGGUUUCUCGAUCAGAAGUUCAGCGGGACAAGGAAAAAAGCUGCUCUCUGGAUUUCACGACCAAUCUGUUGUCUGGACUCACUCUGGAUGAUACGCAGUGA